AUCGCCUCGUAAGAAAGCUGAGUCAGCACAUCUACCAGGUAGAUUCCGGACUAAGGAUGCCCCGUUCUUCCGAGUCGCCAAAUUUUUGGAGACCAACGAGUAACGACACAGCACGCGACAAUACGCCUGGCUGCUCAGCAAGGAGAGGACCAAUUCAUUCUUUACCUGUCGACACGGUCGACCUCCCCACGCCACAAUGCGCAGACCGGCAAGGUACCUCAAUUUGAGGCGACCCAAACUUCGCCUGUCAUGGAACAAGCACAAUCUAUACAACAUCGCCAAAGGCGUCGGCACCGUCGACAUGUCGCGUGCCACGAUGCGAACCUUUUUCCAGCAGAAGUGGGAGGCCAAAUCGACGACGCGCGGUUAUCACGGCGAGCACAUACCUGAGAAGAAAUGGAAGCGCAUGUUCACACGGCAGCUCGCCUCUGUUGUCGAAAUGAACCCGCGCUACCUCGCAGAGCACGACGGUUCAGAGCAGGCCACCGGCCGUGGAUCGGGCAUGGGAGCACGCCAGGUGGCGGCCGACGACUAUGCGACGUGGUUCCCCCGUGGGUAUCGGCAGGAUGAGGUGGGACACUUUUUAUCGAUCAAGAGCAAAUCACAGAUCACUCGUGAGAUGGAGCUGGAGCACGGCAACAUUACACCUCUCAUGCAGAUGACCUACGCACCGGUGGAGCGGAGGUUGGACAUGGCUGUUUUCCGGUCGCUGUUCGCAACCAGUAUCCGUCAAGCGAGGUUGAUGGUCGUCCACGGUGCUGUGACGGUCAAUGGCAAGAAGAUGGUGUACCCUGCCUAUCGUCUUAACCCCGGCGAUAUGUUCCAGGUUGACGUGGGCAAAGUCCUCUCCGCAGUCAGCAAACAAAAGAACCCUGAGACGAAGCUCGAAACAGCCAAGGUCGUCAAGAUGCUCAAGAACAACCAGAAACUCUACGACAGUAUGGAGAAGCGGUUGCGAGUAUGGAACGACCAAUUCGAGGAGACCGUCAACCCCAAAACGACAGAGGUGAAUGAGGACGGUGAAGAGAAGCCCGCUUUCGACGAAGCCAAGGUCAUCAAAAAGUUCCGCUACGCCAUCUAUUCACAAGGAAAGGGCAAAGAAGGCGCAGCAGCAGCGGAGGCUCAGACCGAGACCCCGGCCGAAGGUGCUGAGGAGGCGGCUGUAGAGGGCGCAGAGGUUGGCGAGAGUGCGGCCGAGCCCAGCGCAGAGAGGCUACUGUCCAACGAGGAGGGUCAGGAACUCAAGAGGCUCAAGCUCGAGACCGCAUUGAUCGAUGCCAAGCUUCUGAUCCGCGAUCAGAGCGAGAAGACCGACCCCCUCUGGCGGGAGUUUAAACUGCGAAGCUUCAAGGACCAAGUGGGGCGCGCGCUGGACAUUGAUACAUCAGCAGGGACGAGCGCCAAGGAGCUCAUCAGCCAGCUGGAAACCAACAUGAAGAGCUUGAGCAUGCUACACGACGAGAAGUCGCAGAGCUCUCAGGCUGCCCAGGCACCCGGGCAGAAGACACCACGGCAGUUCGCCCAGAAGGCCCUGUGGCUCUCGGGACACACAUCUGAUAGCGACGUCGCCGUCUCCGUCGGCCUGGACAGGCUAUCGGUCAAGGAAUUCAAGGACCUCGCGAGGUUGCUCCGCUCCGAUGCCGAGAACCCCAUUGACGAGCACAAGCCCUACCCCACGCCCUGGGCGCCUCGGCCGUUCAUGAAGCCGUUCGUCUUUGUGCCGCGUUAUCUCGAGGUCAACCACACCACGUGCUCUGCCGUGUACCUGCGUCACCCCGUGGCGAGGAAGGGCAUGGGUGAGGUGCCAACGCCGUUCAACUUCUUUACCAACCAGCUGGCACACAACUGGUAUGUCGGCCGGGGGUCGAAGCAUGCUACCAUGUAAGAUUUUCAGGGGUGCUGGGUGGCUGUAUAUUAGACGUGUUGUAUAAUUGUACAAAAGCGCGACAGCGGCGAUUGUACGUUGAGAAGCAGGGACUUUCUCAUAUAUCCAUGGAUGUCUUGGAUGUGCGUCUCUCAAACAUUGAAAUACGACAUCCCGAUGCGUGUCUGGCCAUUUAGUUGUUUGUGUUCAAGUAGAAUCGAACGACGUGAUAAGACAGUUUCAGUGUACGUCACUACCAUUGCCUACCCUGUACCACCCU